AUGCUCUCGCUUUUACGACGGGAAAGGGGUCACAAGCGAUGCAACGAUCCUCCGACGAGCUCGGCGAGCGACAUUCAGGAACGAGACCGGUUCACCCUAGAGGUGCUUUGGGCGUUGAUGUCUAUUUGCCCACUCUCUCUCACGACAGAGGAGCCGGUGUCGACGCUCUGCGCGAGCAGGUACGGCGAGCUGUCGUCGCCGGAGUCGGCGGCUCGAGCCCCGAAGGCGAGCUGGGAAGCGGGGGAGGGGAAGCGACAGGCGGUCAGCCUGCGUUUCGCGGAUCCUCCCGAGACGGGGAUCCGGUUCUGUGUCGUCACCGCCGUCGACGGAGAGGGAAAAAGGGCUCUCAGGUCCAACGUCGUCGCGCUGAAAUACGACGAGUUUUUCCCGAGAUCCGGCAACGCUCGUAACGCGACGGGCGAGAGAUCGGGCCGCUUCCUUCAGAUGUUCGCCGUCGAGCCGAUCGGAGUCGGGAUCGGGUUUUUGGCCGGAGUUUCCCUCUGCGCUCUCCCUGCCCUUGUCCUCUACGCGAUGCGCAAGAGACGGCAGAGUGCCGCAACUUCGCCUUGUCAGGUGGGGGCAGCAGACACAGGGACAAGGGACGAGGAUUUGGUGGGCACAGGGCGAGCGGACGUGGGGCCGGCGGGCACGGGGUCUGGGAGCACGGGACCAGCAGGCACGGGACCAGCAGGCACGGGACCAGCAGGCACGGGACCAGCAGGCACGGGGCCAGCAGGCAGGCCCCGGCAGAAAAAGUACGCAGGUAGGCCUUCGGAUGUAGGCGAUGGGGUGACGAGGGAGAACCCACAGCCACCACUGGACACCGACUGGAAGCAGGACUUGCCCCAUCCCGAGGUGUCCGGUCAGCAUCCGGUCAACCGCGGCACUGCCAUCGACAACGACGGUGGCAAAAUCGUCGGCAACAACACGAAGAACGCAGCCGGCGAACCGAAGUCACCCGGAGCACCGAACGAAGCGGCGAAACGCGACGAGCCCCAAAUCGUGGAGCGAAAAGAGAAGACUACGAACGUCAGCCCGCAGCGUUUCCAGCCCCCCGUGAUCGACCGCGAAAGGGUUCCCAAGCCUUUCCAACCCCAGGACGCCACUCGCAUUCACCACCCUGCCGCGAAGACAUUCCCAUUGGGUCGGGUGUUCGUCCCGUGGAAAAUGUGUGACCAUGGCAACACUGAUGCUGGCAUGGCGAACCGGAGGAGAACAUAUUCAACAAGUAGCGAAACAGAUCAUUUCCAGUCCAUUAAUGAGAGACCUGUGGAUGAAAUUUCACUCGAGUUCUUUUACAAACCACAUACCGUUACGCUUCUCACUGCUUCCAUCGGAGUUUUAAUAUACUUCGCCUUCUCCCGGGAUGACAAGAAGAGCUUUGAGGACAAUGUCCUCUCUGGAAUCUUGUGUGUUAUAUUCUUCUUCCUCAUUAUCUCAGUCUUGGCCUUCCCAAAUGGCCCAUUCACCCGUCCACAUCCUGCCGUUUGGAGGAUGGUGUUUGGAAUCUCAGUUCUCUAUCUUAUGGCCUUGCUCUUUCUGCUCUUCCAAGACUACCAGACUGUGAAGAACAUUGUUUUAUGGUUCUAUCCAGAUCUUGCUGACUUCCAUAUUGACAUGGAAAAGGGCCAUGAGGAACAUGCAAAUUGUAGAAUGUCCAUGAAGAUUUGUGUUGCUGGUUGGCUGAUGGCUUUGUCAAAAUUCAGGGAUGAAAAUUUCUUAGCCCAUGAUUCAUUUGAUCACCUUCUAUUAAUAUUCCAGGAAUAUGGAGUUAAUUGUUCUGAUGUCACCUUUGAGAAGCUUUGGAGUCACAUGGAUGUGUUUGCUUUUGGCCAUUUCUUUGGUUGGGUCAUGAAAGCUGUCCUUGUUCGUCACUAUGGGAUCCUGUGGACCAUCUCAGUCAUGUGGGAAAUCACAGAGGUGGCAUUUGCUCAUUUGCUUCCUAAUUUCAUUGAGUGCUGGUGGGAUGCCUUACUCUUGGAUGUACUCCUAUGCAAUGGUCUUGGCAUAUAUGUUGGUAUGCAGAUCUGUCAGAAGCUAGAAAUGCGAGACUAUCGGUGGGAGAGUGUCAGGGAUAUCCAGUCAACGACAGGAAAGAUCAAACGUUGUGUGCUCCAAUUCACACCAGAGUCAUGGACAAAUGUACGAUGGCUGGAUCCUCAGAGCUCAUACAUGCGGUUCCUUGCCAUCUGUCAAAUGGUGGUGUUCUGGCAACUAUCUGAACUCAAUACCUUUUUCUUGAAACAUAUUUUUGAAAUGCCUCCUGCUCACCCCAUCGUCAUUGCUCGUAUCAUCAUCAUUGGAGUGAUUGUUGCACCAACCCUCAGGCAAGUAGCAGUUUUUACCUUUGCUCAUCCCCCCUCAUCCUUUCUGCCACCUAACACCAACUAUUUUAUAUGCCUGUUUUUGGUUGGCUUGUAUUUCAGGCAGUAUUACUCUUAUGUGACAGACACUCAAUGCAAGCGUGUUGGAACUCAGUGCUGGGUGUUUGGUGCCAUCACCCUCACGGAGGCCCUCAUAUGCAUAAAGUUUGGAGAGGAUCUUUUCAAAAGGACUGAACUACGAUACAUUCUUCUGUGGCUUCUUAUUCAGCUCAUCAUAUCUGUCCUUUGUGUGCUGGGAUGCAUCAUCUGGUCAAAGAGAAAAGAUCAGGUUGGCUCCUGCAUGCAUACUCUAUAUGUUUCCAAGACUUGCAUACUGUAG